UUAAUGGAGAAAGCUCCAGCAGAUCAGAUCAGUGAGUUGAACUUGUUGGUGCCGCUCAGUGCGCAGCGCACCGAGCUCUGAGCUACUCGGUAAACCGACCCAAAAAAAAUUAUUUGUUCGUGUUCAUUUAAUUUUUUUUUUUUCUGAGAGAAAGUGAAGAGCUCCGGAUCUCUGCUCCCCGAACAGGAUUCUGUUUUUAUUUUUUUUUUUUGGACCCUUUGGUUUGUUUGACAGCGGCGUUGCUGCUGCUGGUUCUGCUUCGGUGAUCGGAAGCGGCCGCGGAACCUGUUGGAUUUAAACGCAAACGGAUUUUGGGACUCAAUAUUUCUUUGCUUCGAUUUUUUUUUAUUCUUUUUUUUAUUUUUUGAAUUUUUAUUUUUGCUCCACAUGAACUUUUACUGAAGAACAGAAUUAAAUAGAUCAGUAGGAGCGAUGGAAGUAAGCGCGGACCAGCCCCGGUGGAUGAGCCAUCAUCCCGCGGUCCUGAACGAGCAGCAUCCCGGCUCACACCACCCGGGCCUCGGCCAUUCCUACAUGGACCCUUCGCAGUAUCCGCUGGCAGAAGAUGUGGAUGUACUGUUUAAUAUCGAUGGACAGGGAAACCACGUCUCCUCAUACUAUGGGAACUCAGUGCGGGCCGUCCAGAGGUACCCUCCUCCUCCACCCGGUAGCCAGGUGUGCCGCCCCUCAUUACUGCACAGCUCUCUGCCCUGGCUGGAGGGCAGCAAAGGAAUCCCCCCCCACCACAGCAGCUCCCCCUGGAACCUCAGCCCCUUCCCCAAGAACCCCCUGCACCACGGCUCCCCGGCCAGCCUGUCCGUCUACCCCCCGGCCUCCUCCACCUCCCUGUCCACCGGCCACUCCAGCCCGCACCUCUUCACCUUCCCCCCGACCCCUCCUAAAGACGUGUCUCCGGAUCCGGGCAUUUCCACCCCGGGCUCCAGCAGCUCCGGGCGUCAGGAGGACAAGGAGUGCAUAAAGUACCAAGUGACCCUGGCCGAAAGCAUGAAGCUGGAAUCCGCUCACAGCCGGAGCGUGGCGUCAAUCGGAGCAGGGUCAUCCUCUGCCCACCACCCCAUCGCCACAUACCCACCCUAUGAAUACGGCCCCGGCCUCUUCCCACCAAGUAGCCUGAUAGGUGGGUCAUCUUCUAGUUAUGGUUCCAAAACGAGACCAAAAACAAGGUCCUGUUCAGAAGGCAGAGAGUGCGUGAACUGCGGGGCCACGUCCACUCCGCUGUGGAGGCGGGACGGUACGGGCCACUAUCUGUGCAACGCCUGCGGCCUCUAUCACAAGAUGAACGGGCAGAAUCGCCCUCUCAUCAAGCCCAAGCGGCGGCUGUCUGCAGCCAGGCGGGCAGGGACGUCCUGCGCAAACUGCCAGACGACAACCACGACGCUGUGGCGGAGAAACGCCAACGGAGACCCGGUGUGCAACGCCUGCGGCCUCUACUUCAAGCUGCACAAUAUCAACCGACCUCUGACCAUGAAGAAGGAAGGCAUCCAGACCCGGAACAGGAAGAUGUCGAGUAAGUCCAAGAAGAGCAAAAAGUCCCAAGACAACAUGGACGACUUCUCCAAGAGCCUGAUGGACAAGAGCAGCUCGUUCAGCCCGGCCGCCCUGUCCCGCCACAUGUCCUCCUUCCCCCCGUUCUCGCACUCCAGUCACAUGCUGACCACCCCCACACCCAUGCACCCCUCUUCCAGCCUCCCCUUUGCACCUCACCACCCCUCCAGUAUGGUGACAGCCAUGGGUUAAGCCCCGCCCCCCAACCCUGCUCCUCUCCAGCACCCUUUGGUACCUCUGCUCCAGACUCCUCUUUGGUUUGAUCCAUGCGGGGUCCCUGAUCCUCAGUUCUCCUUAUUUUUCUACAGACCUGGUGUACCUCUGCUAUGUAAAUGCUUUGCAGACUCGAACUGCCUGAGGUGCACUGACCCCCACGGGGAAUAUUUAGGUUUUUCCCUCCAAGCUAGGAGAGCGCGGAUGUUUCUCCUCAAUCCGCCGCCGUUGCUGACACCACAUCGAGGCCGAUCCUCCCAACAAGGAGCUCCAUUUGUGAAUAAAAGCCAUUUCCUCCACUUCCACCAAAAGAGACACUGCAAGAACGUUGAGACCCCCCCCUCCUCCCCGAAACCCUCAUCUCAUUACCUUGUACCUGUAAAACAGGACCCCCCUCCCUCUCUGCCUCCUUUCUUCCUCUUCCUGUUCAGCUGAAGAUGAGGAGUGACUGAUUUAUUUGUACAAAUUGUAUGAAAUACAAAACAUUUAAUGAAGACUUUUUAAUUAAGUAAGAAAAAAAAUGAAACUUGCCCUUGGGCAGCUAACGACAACAAGGGUACGAGUUGCAGCAGGUGGAGAGACUUGGCACUGGAGGGCUGAGGUGGAAGACGCCUCCGAGUCCCGGAGGAAGAAAAGAAGCGAGAAGGAAGGACUUGAGACGGGGGCAGGCCUCACAUUCUGCCUGCAUGAAAUGUGUCGCAUUAAGUUUGCAGAGACGCGGCGCCGCCGGCCUCUCUCCUAUUUUAUUAGACUUUUUUUCCUUUUCAUUUUUGGAUGUGCUAUACGUCUCUGGCAAUUGGUUUGUGUUGAAGCGCGCACACACACACACACACACACACACACACACACACACAUUGGAUCAGCUGAAAGACUUUGUUUCUGCCCACAGAUUAUAUGCAUUGUGAAAAAGUUCCUGUAUUUGUUAUUUGUAUGUAUAAAAUCAGAGUACCAAAAAUACGAAAGAAACAAAGAUGUAGAAUUAUUUCUUUAUGUUAUGCAGACUGAAUGGUUGUAAAAAAUUAAUAAUAAUCACUAGUGUAAAAUAUGACUGCUUUUUUUUGUUUGGUAAUUAUUAUUUUUUUUUUGCUCUUUGAAAAUAAUAAACUAGUU